UUGGGGCUGGAGCUAACCGGACGGGUCGCUCCGGCUCUCCGGGGAGAGGAGCUUCCCGGCCCUGGAGAAGGGGCGAGUCCUGUGCGAGCCCCCGGGAAGCGCCUGGCGCUCAAGAGGGACGAUCGGGCUACACCGGCUCGCGGAGAGCUCGGCUGCGGGCUCCCCUCCUUUCCACCUCGCGAGGGAGGGGGCGAGGGAAGGAGGGGAGGGGAAGGUCCCGCGGAGGAGGCAGAAUGGCCAGUCGAGGGGGGCUUGGCCGCUGCUUUUCCCAGGAGCUGCCUCCACUCCUGCGGCUGCCGGGAGGGCUGGCCUGAGCAGGGGCUCCAGGCUCUCCCGCGGCGAGCCAGCGCGGCCCCCCCGGGCCGGGGCAGCGGCGCGGGCAUGACGUCCGGCAACAUGAAGUUCAAUGGUUACUUGAGGGUCCGCAUCGGCGAGGCUGUGGGGCUGCAGCCCACCCGCUGGUCCCUGCGCCACUCGCUUUUCAAGAAGGGCUACCAGCUGCUCGACCCCUACCUGACGGUGAGCGUAGACCAGGUGCGCGUGGGCCAGACCAGCACCAAACAGAAGACCAACAAACCCACGUACAAUGAGGAGUUCUGCGCCAACGUCACGGACGGUGGCCACCUCGAACUGGCCGUCUUCCACGAGACGCCCCUGGGCUAUGACCACUUCGUGGCCAACUGCACUCUGCAAUUCCAGGAGCUGCUGCGCACCGCCAGCGCCUCGGACACCUUCGAGGGCUGGGUGGAUCUGGAGCCAGAAGGGAAAGUAUUUGUGGUAAUAACCCUAACAGGGAGCUUCACUGAAGCAACUCUCCAGAGAGACCGAAUCUUCAAACAUUUUACCAGGAAGCGCCAAAGGGCUAUGCGAAGGCGUGUCCACCAAAUCAACGGACACAAGUUUAUGGCCACAUACCUGAGGCAGCCCACCUACUGCUCUCACUGCAGGGAGUUCAUCUGGGGAGUAUUUGGGAAACAGGGUUAUCAAUGUCAAGUGUGCACCUGUGUCGUCCAUAAGCGCUGCCAUCACCUAAUUGUUACGGCCUGCACUUGCCAAAAUAAUAUUAACAAAGUGGAUUCAAAGAUUGCUGAACAGAGGUUCGGAAUCAACAUCCCGCACAAAUUCAGCGUCCACAACUACAAAGUGCCAACGUUCUGCGAUCACUGUGGCUCCCUGCUCUGGGGGAUAAUGCGACAAGGACUUCAGUGUAAAAUAUGUAAGAUGAAUGUCCACAUUCGAUGCCAGGCAAACGUGGCCCCUAACUGUGGGGUGAACGCAGUGGAGCUCGCCAAGACCCUGGCCGGGAUGGGCCUCCAGCCCGGAAAUAUUUCUCCAACCUCGAAGCUCGUUUCCAGGUCGACUCUAAGACGACAGGGAAGGGAAAGCACCAAAGAAGGAAAUGGGAUCGGGGUUAACUCUUCCAGCCGACUUGGUAUCGACAACUUUGAGUUCAUCCGAGUGUUGGGGAAGGGGAGUUUCGGGAAGGUGAUGCUGGCAAGAAUAAAAGAAACAGGAGACCUCUAUGCCGUGAAGGUGUUGAAGAAGGAUGUGAUCCUGCAGGAUGACGAUGUGGAAUGCACAAUGACAGAAAAAAGGAUCCUGUCCUUGGCUCGCAAUCACCCCUUCCUCACUCAGUUGUUCUGCUGCUUUCAAACGCCUGAUCGCCUGUUCUUCGUGAUGGAGUUUGUGAAUGGGGGCGACUUGAUGUUUCACAUUCAAAAGUCUCGUCGUUUUGAUGAAGCACGAGCUCGUUUCUAUGCUGCAGAAAUCAUUUCGGCGCUCAUGUUCCUACACGAGAAAGGGAUCAUCUACAGAGAUCUCAAACUGGACAACGUCCUGUUGGACCACGAGGGUCACUGUAAACUGGCGGACUUCGGGAUGUGCAAGGAGGGGAUUUGUAAUGGAGUUACCACAGCAACCUUCUGUGGCACACCCGAUUAUAUUGCUCCAGAGAUCCUCCAGGAAAUGCUCUACGGACCUGCAGUAGAUUGGUGGGCAAUGGGCGUGUUGCUCUACGAGAUGCUGUGUGGUCACGCCCCCUUUGAGGCAGAGAACGAAGAUGACCUCUUUGAAGCCAUACUGAACGAUGAAGUGGUUUACCCAACAUGGCUCCAUGAAGAUGCCACAGGGAUCCUGAAAUCUUUCAUGACCAAGAACCCCACCAUGCGCCUAGGCAGCCUGACUCAGGGUGGUGAGCAUGCCAUCCUGAGGCAUCCUUUCUUUAAGGAAAUCGACUGGGCCCAGCUGAACCAUCGCCAAGUAGAACCACCUUUUAGACCCAGAAUCAAAUCCCGAGAAGAUGUCAGUAAUUUUGACCCUGACUUCAUUAAGGAAGAGCCAGUUUUAACCCCAAUUGAUGAGGGGCAUCUUCCUAUGAUUAACCAGGAUGAAUUUAGAAACUUUUCCUUUGUGUCUCCAGAAUUACAACCUUAGCCUUACAGAGAAUGAAUCACAAGGGGAUACAGAUUUUCCAGGAAUUUCCUUUGUGGGGCAUUCCCUAGUAUCAGCCUUAGAACAAGAACCUUACCUUCGGAGAACGGGUGGAAAACUCUGAAGGACAGAACUUCAGCUCUUUCACGUCCUGAGGGAGCCGUGGUACUGGAAAUAGUUGAUACUGGAAUGAGACUUCAUGAAGAAAUCUGCUCCACCUAGGAGGUUCCAUGGCUACUUUGGGCUUGGGAUAUCAAAAGGAAUCAACUGAAGAGAAGGUGUGAAGAAUCACCUAGAUCUGAGAAAGUGAGCCACGGCAGCUUUUUACUUCCAAAGACAAAUCAAGAUUUCAUAUGGACCACUGUGUGCUCUCCGUUAAGCCAGGGAGUCCCGAAUACUAGCAGUGUGCCAGAAGUCUGUAAAUGCUAAUCAAGAAUUUGAAGAUAAGGAAAUGGGCUAUCCAAAGAGAAUGAUAUACUCUGAGGAAACAAAAGAGCAUCCGUCAAACAACUUCAAGCCCUAUCUUGAAAACAGAUGUUGGGCACCAAGACAACUGUUCCAGCUUCUGGUCUUAUACUUACUUUAAUGGAUAUUUAUUGAGUGCCCAGUGAGACGGUGCCAUGACACCUACUAAUGCAAACAGACUUGUGUUCCCUGAACUUUCCUUCUCCAGUCCACUUCUUUACCUGAAUGGUGUUUGCAUUCUGUGAAAUGCCGCCUCCACAUUGCGUAUAUCAUGCUUCUUUGUCCGCACAUGACUUUUUCCACGUAAGAGGGCUCGCGGCCACCACGGCAACUACUCCUCCCACCAGCAGGUGAGCUGGACACGUUUGCUGCCUGCUGACUUGUGAAAUCUCAUUUUGGGACCACGUGUGGAUACGGCUCUGAACUCGGUGAAGAAUCGCACGCCACUCAGGACUCCUACAUUAGCAGGUUAUUUAAGUUAUAUUUUAAGAGACGAAUGUUUGGUAUGCAUUUUAAUAAUUAGAAAUGGCUCUUAUAAAAGGACAUUUAUCAAAAGAAGGACUUUAUGUACUCAUUAUAUGCAGUUGGAGAAUUUUGUCUGUCUGGAAAUAAACGCAUUUUGUAGCAAAAGGAAACUUUUUGUCCAGGAGGAUUUGUCCUAUCCCCACUAGGAGAGGAGAGAUCUAAUUAAAAGUUCUAAGCAGAAUGGAUAGGGUCCUUAAAGCAAAUACACAAAAGGUUAGUAUAACUUGUGUGUCCCUUAAGUGGACAUAGCCUAUUACUGACCAAAACUUCUGUUCUGAGUCAGGGUGAUAACUGCUAAACAUUGCUGCAGUAUCUUAGUGCCUAGGCAUAAUGUUUAUGUGAAUGAGAAAGUAUAGUGCAAGUUCAAUGGCCCGCUUCUAGCUUAUAAAUAUGCCAUCUGGAAAAUAUAGCAAGGAAGAAAGUGAUGAAGGGGCCCACAUCAAAUUGACCAGAACAUGGCCUCCCUCUACAAACAGGAUGAGGAAUUACAGAGCAGCUCAGGGGUAGCUAGCCAAUAUUGAAA